GGGGAGCACGGGGCUGAGAGAGCCGAGGGCUGGAGCCUCCACGAGGAAGGAAAGCCGGGGAACUGAAAGGCGGUAAGGGGAGGCAGGCGGGCCGGGGGUGCCUAUUUUCCCUGAAGGAAGAAAAAGAAGAAGGAGAGGCGGAGGGGGCACAAAGCGAGGGAGCGGCACGGGCUGGGGAGAGGGGAGGCCGCGCCGUCCCGCCCCGGGGAAGCGGCUCUAACAUGGAGGGAGGAGAGCCGGCGUUGGGGACCCACCCCGGGGUGGCCCGAGGGGAGCGCGGCGUCCGCUUCGGCCCUCCCCGCGCAGCACCGGCUGGGGGCGGCUCCCCCGUCCCGCUGCAGCCCGGAGCCGCGUCCGGGGCGGUGAGGGAACGCCGCCUUUCCCUCGGUGAGGUACAUGGCUGAAGGCGGACGGUGGGAGAUGAGGCCCGGAGCGCGGGGCUGCGAGGCGACCUGCUGACCCGCAGCCUUCGUGGGCAGCGCCGGCAAUGGGGAACGGCGGCUCGGCCGUGAAGGUGUGCGCCGAUCACCAGGGAGGCAUCAACUGGCUGAGCCUCAGCCCCGACGGGCAGCGGCUGCUGACGGGCAGCGAGGACGGCACGGCGCGGCUCUGGAGCACGGCCGACAGUCAGUGCCACGGCCACUUCCAAGGACACGAGAGUUACAUCACCUUUUGCCACCUAGAAAACGAGGCUGCCUUCACGUGCAGUGCAGAUCAUACCAUUCGAAAGUGGGACGUGGUGACAGGCCAGUGCCUGGCCAUUUACCGAGGGCACACCUCCAUUGUGAACAGGAUCCUGGUUGCCAAAGACUAUCUGUUUAGUGGCUCCUAUGACAGGACGGCCCGCUGCUGGAGUGUGGACAAGGAGAAACAAAUCCAGGAAUUCCGGGGCCAUCGGAAUUGUGUCCUGACUUUGGCUCACUAUUCCUCCAAGGACGUCCUUGAAGAGGAGGAGGAGGAAGAGGAGGAGGAGGAGAGAGUAAGCAGAGACCUUCUAGUGACAGGUAGCACGGACUGCACUGUAAAGGUCUGGUGGGUGUCCAGCGGGCGCUGUUACCAGACUCUGCUGGGACACACUGGGGCUGUCUUAUGCCUUAUACUUGACGCACCAAACAGGGAGCUGUUUUCUGGCAGCACGGACUAUACCAUUCGAACAUGGAAUAUUGUUACUGGCGAGCAGCUGAAAGUGUUCAAAGAGCAUCAAGGAUCGAUAAUUUGCCUGGAGCUGGUGAAUCGGCACUUGUAUUCAGGAAGCGCGGACAGGACAGUGAAGUGCUGGUUAGUGGACACUGGGGAGCGAAUCCAGACGUACAAGGCUCACAAACACAGCGUUAGCACUUUGAAGUACCACGCUGGGAUCUUGUUCACUGGCAGCGGUGAUGCCUGUGCACGAGCCUUCAAUUCCAGGAGUGGUGUCUUGCAGAAGAUCUUCCGAGGACACAAAUUCAUCAUCAACUGCAUCCAGGUGUAAAGAUGACAGAGAAGCCCUGUGUUGCUGUCUGCUGCACCUCCCACCAGACAAAUGGAAGAGUCAUUAUCAUUUUUCUUAAAGCUAACCCAGAUCCUUGAAAAGGACUUGCACAUUGUCUUGACUCAAUGGACACGGAUGUUUCAGGGCUAAAAGGGGAGAAAGUGAAGGGAGGUGAUAAGGAGAGCAUUCCUGUCCCCAUCCGCUGCUCAGUGAUACGCAUUUUGAUGGUGCCUCAGUCUUUGUCUUCAAAACCAGAAGGCUGAAACUGGCACAGAAAUGUGUGGCUACAGCCUGCUGUGACACUGAGGAGUUAGUUCCCCGUUGCUUUUCUGGUGGAUGUGAGUUAUAAAUAAUUCUUGCUGUGUAUAUUUUAUGGCUCCAUGGAGUGGCUAAGAAACGAGGUCUGGCUUGGUAAUGUCUCAUCACACUUGAGCAGUUUCUGUGAUAAUUUAUACCAGCUCUUGGAAUGAGCUAUCAGGUCCGAAGUGUCGGUUCAAGCUGUGUUUGCUCUGAUUUUGGGGUUUGGUUAUGCACAUUCUGAGCUGUAGCUUGGCCUUGUGUGACCCUGUUGUUCCAGAUCCACAAUGAGCUGCUGUACACAGCCUCCCACGAUGGCACACUGAGGAUUUGGGACAUCCGGGGUAUUUGCAAGAGAAAUAAGCGGCGUUGGAAGAAGGAGAGGUGUGCCCAGGGCAGGAGCUCUCAGAAGGGAAGUCUGUCUCGUCUCUUCAACAAUAAGGUCGGCUGUAUGGUACAGCAAGAAAAUGGGGAACACGAGACUGUUGAACUGAUGUGACUGUCCACAACAGACUUCCUGGGAGUGACCAAAGCUGAACCUUCUGUUUUCUGCACCACUGUGUCCGUGCAAGCCAGAACUUGGAAAGAGAUGGGAGACGGCUUUGCCUGAACCUCUGCUCAAAGAGCCAAAGUGCUCUGUGGCUGUCAGGUGGACUCCAGUCAUGUUGCUGCUCAGGAUGACUCUCAGCUGAGCAGUACUGAGGGCAGGAGGGACUGAGUGUGGUUUGGGUGAUGUAGCAGCAGUGUGGCUGUGUCAUUAAGAUCUUAAUUUACAGCUGCUUUUUUUUGUUUCAGUUCUCCCUGCCAUCGAUGCGUUGCAUACUUCCACUUGGCUCAUAUCUGACAAGGACUGUUUCUACCUGUCCCCACUGCCCUCGGUUCAGCUGAAUGUCUGAACAUGGCAGGAGCCAGGAGAUCGUGGCACCACAUCUGAGGCAGUGGCUAUGCAAUAUACCACUGGUCAGCCUGGCUCAGUGCUUGGCUCUUCAUGGUCCUUGUAUGCACUGGGGAUUUCCAGUUGUGCUUCACAAGGAGUGGGCGUGAAAUAUGGGGGAAGAGUUGCUGGAAACGUGUUGUCUUUCUUCCUUAUGUGGUUAUGCCUGGCCUUGGCUUGCUAGCAGCAAUGGAUAAGCAGUCAAAUUCCAGAGUACUUCUCCCCCCCCUCUUCUUCCAGGUUCAUCCCUUUCUGAUAACCACUGAGCCGUGAAUAAACAAAGGUUCUUCUAUUUUUCUAUUUGCAGAUAUACCCCUUUGUAGAACCAGUACAAAAAUAUCUAACCACAUGUUUUUAUUUUUAUGGCUUUAUUUAUUCUGUACUGCAGCAAGAUGCAAAGGCUGUAAUUCUUCCUUAGAACGGACCAAUAAACAUGUGGCAUCUACA